CUGUGUGCAUUUCCCACUCAUGGAUUCUGUGUCUCUUCUCCUCUCUCCUUAUCCACUCUCCAACAAAAACCACCCCAAAACCCAGAAACUCAUCCCCUUCAAACUUUUCUCUCUUUUCUCAAACCAAAACUCACUACACUCUGCAAUUCCAUCUUCUGCAUCUUCUCCUCAACCCCAUUUAUUCUCCACAGAGAGAAUUUCAGUUUCUUCACUCCAAACACAUUCUCCCAACUCACUUCAAAAUCUUAUAACAAAAUCAUUCUUUUCAUAUGCUAUGAUUGAUCUCUUCACUCCAUUUCCAUGCUUUGCUGUUGAAGCUACAGUAUCCCCUUUGGUUGAGUCAGAUGCAUUCAAAAUCAACUUGGAAUCGGUUCUGAUUUCCAUUGAUAACUUUUUCAAUCGAUACCCAUUUUUCGUUGCUGGGUGUACCUUCAUUUGGCUGGUUGUUAUUCCUCUGACGCAAGAGUAUUUCAGGAAAUACAAGUUUGUGUCAGCCAUUGAUGCGUUCAGGAAGCUCCGAGAUGACCCGAAUUCACAGCUCUUGGACAUAAGGGACAGAAAGAACGUGAAGUUUCUGAGGCCGCCUAAUAUGAAAAUGUUUAAUAAGGCAGUGGUGAAGGUUGAGUUCACUGAAGGGAAUGAAGAUGAGUUUGUGAAGAAGGUGUUGGAGAGAUUCAAGGACGCGCCAAACACCGUUGUCUGCAUUUUGGACAGUUUUGACGGUAAUUCCCUGAAUGUUGCUGAAUUACUAUUCAAGAAUGGUUUCAAAGAGGCCUAUGCAAUCAAAGGUGGAGUUAGAGGCCAGCAAGGUUGGAUGGAUAUACAGGAUUCCCUUUUACCCCCUUCCGUGCAUAUAAGGAAAAGGAAAAAAGCUUCACAAGAACUCAAUACAAAUGGAAAUGGAACCAUCCAGCAAAACGAUAGUAAUGGUGAGAGUUCCCUAUCUCAAGAUAUCCCUCCUCUUGGAAACCAAACGACAGACAAUGGUCAUGCACAAAGGUCUGUAGAGUCCAUUUCAGAAAUGAAAGUUGGUUCAGUAGUGUCCUCUCCUUAUCCGAAUUACCCGGAUUUGAAGCCACCCUCUUCUCCAACUCCAUCAAAGCCUCAAUAGUGAUGUUGGUUACACCAUACUCAACCCAAAAAUGCAAUCUGGUGAAUGUGAAAUCGUUUAUUUUCUAAUUUUACAAUUAUUCCUUUUCUGCCUCAUGUUGAGUUUUAGAGGUAGUGUAAAGCUAAUCACAAAACUUUAGCAACAAAGAGAAGUGAAUUAGUUGAGCAAUCGACAGGCUAAGAUUGGCAAAACAAUGUGAAGAAAAAUGAAGGUAACUAUUAAAGCAUUCAAUGUUGGAUCUUCCUCGGCACAAAAAUAAAAGUAUGUGGCAUUCAUAAUACCUAUAUACCGAUAUAAAACACAGUUUAUGCGAAUGGUAUUAAUGUGAUAUAUUUGUUGCAUUU